CCGGCCGGCGGGUGACCCAAUGCCGCGGCUCCGAGCGGAGCGAGGUCACCUGGCGCUUCCCGAGACCUUGGCCCUAGGCCCGGCUGGCGCUGGGACGCUGGGCAGCCGAGCCGCCAGACGAUCAGCGCUUUGCAGGACGAGCGCGCAGGGGCUGCAUCCCUGAGGGUGACCGGAACCGUUCCCGUGGGAAGGGCAGGGAACGGCGCCUGGCCACGGACAGACAAGGGGGCGCCGGCUCUUCAGAACCCCAGGGAGAAAGCGGUAGAGGGCUACAGUUGAGAUUAAGGACAUUUGAGGAGGACAGGCAUUCCCAAGUUAUAACCAGAAAGACAAAUCCAUAGUGCUACCGCUCUGCGCCGCGCAGCCUGACGGGAGCAUCAAGCUUCCUGCGCAGGCUGCGUCCGAGAGACGGCCUCGGUCCCGCCCCCGGCCGCGGGGCAAGCCGGGAGAGCCGAGAGUUCUUUCCCUCCCUCAGCUAACCCAGAAAGAAAAGGAGCAUUUCCGGCGUAAGACUAUCCCGGGUGGGGCUAGUUUGGUCCCGCCUUUCACGCCCGGAGGGGGCGGGAUGAAGAGUGACAGCUCUUCUCCCCGCACUAAGGCCCGCUCCUGUGCCGGAAGGAGGAAGGCGUGGGGCGUUCGCCUCUCAGAGCUAGGAAGUGUGUGCGACGUAGGAGCGAGGUCACGUGAGCUGCUGCCGGCUGAGAGGGAAAGGGGCGGGGCCCAGAACGGAGGGGCGAGGCGCCCCUUGUUUCCCUGGGGUUACGCGCAGCCGGAAGUGGCGGCUGCUGUGCAGAAUUGGAGAUGGGAACGGCCCUGGACAUCAAGAUUAAAAGAGCGAAUAAAGUUUAUCACGCCGGGGAAGUGCUCUCCGGCGUGGUGGUCAUAUCGAGUAAGGAUUCAGUCCAACACCAGGGAGUGUCUUUGACCAUGGAAGGAACUGUAAACCUCCAGCUCAGUGCCAAAAGUGUGGGUGUGUUUGAAGCUUUUUAUAAUUCUGUUAAGCCUAUCCAGAUUAUCAACAGCACCAUAGAAAUGGUGAAGCCAGGGAAGUUUCCCAGCGGCAAAACAGAAAUCCCGUUUGAAUUUCCUCUGCACGCGAAGGGGAACAAAGUUCUGUAUGAGACGUAUCAUGGCGUGUUUGUCAACAUUCAGCCUCAGAAGGGGAAAUUUACUCCCAGUCCCGUGGACUUCACAAUUACACCUGAAACCCUACAGAACGUCAAAGAGAGAGCUUUGCUUCCCAAAUUUCUCCUUCGAGGACAUCUCAACUCAACAAACUGUGUCAUCACGCAGCCGCUGACGGGAGAGCUGGUGGUGGAGAGCUCGGAAGCCGCCAUCAGAAGCGUGGAGCUGCAGCUGGUGCGCGUGGAGACAUGCGGUUGUGCAGAAGGCUAUGCCCGUGAUGCCACGGAGAUUCAGAACAUUCAGAUCGCCGACGGGGACGUGUGCAGGGGCCUCUCUGUCCCCAUCUACAUGGUCUUCCCCAGGCUGUUCACCUGCCCGACGCUGGAGACCACCAACUUCAAAGUGGAAUUUGAGGUUAACAUCGUGGUGCUGCUUCACCCGGACCACCUCAUCACGGAGAACUUCCCGCUGAAGCUCUGCAGGAUAUAGCCCGGAGGAGGGAAGCACAGAAAACGGGAGUGGCCAUCUGGAAAUCCAGCUGGUUAUCCAAAUCCUAAGGGGAGCUACAGCCAGCGGCAUAUACUUGUUUUUGUGGUUAUUCUGUAUCAGAAAUGAAACAGACCCUCAAAUUAACUUUCCUUCCUCAUUUCCUGAGGCUUCUGCUUCCAACAGGCACCUCUAAUCAGACCUUUUCUUUGAAACUCAAGAUUUCUUAAUGCUAUUUGCAACACCAUUUCACAGAAAACAUUUGACUGUGGCUCUUGCCUUCUGUGUUCCUUUUUAGGUGCAAACAAUUGUGACAGCAGUGUAAGCUUUGCUGGAGAGUGGGAUCAUGGGGACAAAAUGAAACCUCUCUCCAACUUGCUAAUGGAUGUAGCCAGGGACUCCCCAUAGCAAAGGGUCUGUGGCCAGUAGGCAUCCAGGAUGGCUGGAGGCACACUCGAUGGUCAGGGAGUUUGCAGAUACUCGCCAAGGCGGAGCGCAAAGUGCUAGCCGCUGGAAAUGCGUGACUUCUUUCCACUCCUACUCUAUUCUGUAGGUUUUUUUGGUUUUUGUUUUUGUUUUUGUUUUUUGAGACAGUCUCACUCUUUCACCCAGGCUGGAGUGCAGUGGCGUGAUCUGGGCUCACUGCAACCUCCGCCUCCCAGGUUCAAGCAACUCUCCUGCCUCAGCCUCCUGCGUCGCUGGGAUUACAGGUGACUGCCACAGUGCCCGGCUAAUUUUUGUAUUUUUAGUAGAGACAGGGUUUCACCAUCCUGACCAGGCUCGUCUUGAACUCCUGACCUCGUGAUCCACCCGCCUUGGCCUCCCAAAGUGCUGGGAUUACAGGCGUGAGCCAACACACCCAGCCUCUGUAGUUAUUUUCACAACAUUUUUCAUUGUAACUUUAAAAUGUUUAGGCAACUGGAAAAGUGUUCCUUGCUUUCAUGGGGGGAUUUGGCUGGUGCUGAAGUGUUUCUGAAAUCUCAAGAACUGCCAUAAAAUCUCACGCUGCCAUUUCCCUGAACAUACACAUAUAUAGGGAGAGACAGAGUCUUCCAAACUGUCGCCCAGGCUGAGCGCACUGGUGGGAUCACAGCUCACUGCAGCCUCAACCUCCCUGGCUCAAGCAAUCCCUCCCCUCAGCCUCCCGAGUAGCUGAGACUACAGGUGAGUGCCACCACACUCAGCUAAUUUUUAAAUUUUUUUGUAGAUGGGUCUCCCUACGUUGCCCAGGCUGGUCUUGAACUCCUAGACUCAAGUGUUCCUCCUGUCUUGGCCUCCCAAAGUGCUGAGAUGACAGGUGUGAGCCACUGUGCUCAACAGUUUCCUAAGUUACAUAAGGGGAAAACAUGGAUGUUUGCUACUGUUACUGGGUAGGUUCUGAACGGCAGAGACCCAUGUGCAGGGCGGGCUGGUGAAGGCCCCUCUCCCCAAGGUGGUAGCAGGAAAAGGUCCUUGACUUGAUGAACUUGGUCUGCCUCUGAGCCACUGGAGGAAACUGUGUUUUGAGCCAGGGUUUCUUUGGCCUGAAGCCAGCAUUUCCUCAGUCUCCCUUUGUGGUUUGAAGGAUAUGGUCUGCUGCAAUACAUUUCUUCCUUCAGAUCCUGCCACUGUUUUGUUGGCCCACAACUAUAGGACCUCAAAAUAAGCCAUGCUGCUUUGCAUACACACUAGCCUUCCUUUGUACUUUUCAUUCUGGAUGGGCUUGGGCAAAACAGGCUCAGGCCAAAGGCCUCCCAAGCUGUACUUCCACUAUCCUGAAACAGUGUUUGGUCACGUGAUGCCAAGGGUAAACAAGCCUGAUUUAGGCACUGCUUUAUCCAAGGGCUUCACCCGUGAAAUUAAUAAAACUUAUCUGAGUCACUUGAAACUUGGUUCCCAGAAAAUACAUUUCUGGUUUAUAAAUCUCCUUUUAUGCUCACAUGACAUUAUUAAUUAUCUAUCCCUGAUGAUGUGUUUAAACUGAGUAGCAAAAAACAGAGGUCACGCUUUCUGGGAAAUUUUAAAGGAAGAAACCAUUUUUAAUGAGAUGAAAACAUUUAAUGAAUUUAAAAAGCUAAUGACAAUUCUGAGAAAAGGUUUGGGAUGUAUAUUGCUAUGUAACUUCUUUAAUAAACGGAUUUUAUGGAUAUAAAUA